UCUCUUCCCUCCAUUCCCAAUUUCCCCCAAUUCCUCUCUCCCUCUCUCCCUCUCUCCCUCUCUCUCUCUCUCUCUCUCUCGAUAUAUAUAUACCUAAAUCUCCAUUGGAGAUCGGAGGUCCAAGAGGGUUUCCAAGAGUCCAUUGUUCCUCUUCUCUCGCUGUCUCUCAUUCCCCCUUUCAAUCCCUACCAAUCGAUCCAGCUUCUGAUGUCUGCCGCGGUUGCCGGCAUCGUCUGCCGGAGAAGCACGGCUGCGGCGAUUGCACAUCACCGUCACUUUCCCUUCUACGAUCUUGCUUGCCGGUCAAUGUCGCAGCUUGUUAAGGCCAAUGGCAAGCGGGCGUUCCUCGUGGAUACUUUGGCUUUGGUGAGGAGGUUGGAAGGGGAGGGUGUGCCGUCGAAGCAUGCUGAGGUGAUCACCUCCGCCAUCACGGAGGUUCUAAAUGAUAGUCUGGAGAAUGUCUCGCAGUCUUUUGUUUCAAAAUCGGAUAUGCAGAGGAGUGAGCUGAUUCAAGAAGCCAAUUUGUCCAAAUUCAAAUCUGAAGUGCAGAGCUCGCAAGAGCAUCAUUUCUCGUUGUUACAACGAGAAACCGAGAAACUUCGCGGUGAUAUUGAUAAGAUGCGCAGUGAACUAAGGUAUGAGAUUGAUAAGGUGACUGCAGGGCAGCGAUUGGAUCUAAAUCUCGAAAGAGGGCGGAUACGGGAUGAGCUAGCCAAGCAGAAUUCUGAAACUACUGAUCUCACUACAAAGCUAGAUCGGGAAAUACACGCGCUAAGAGCUCAACUUGAAGCUGCAAAAUACGAUGUCAUAAAGUACUGCAUAGGUACACUCGUAUCAAUCUCUGCUGCCGGCCUUGCAGUCAUUCGUAUUCUCUUGUAGCAUACCAUUGUUUCAACAAUUCUACAACCGAAUGAUAACACAGCCAAUGAAAGAAGCGAAAUUUCCAAUAUCAGUGUUUUUGAAGAUAUUGGAUGCCGAAAUGUUGUAACGUUAGUUAACAGCAUAACAUUCAUGAUACUCUUUGUUGUCCCAAGUUUGUGACACUUUCUUGCAAAGAUUCAUUGUUCAGAUGGAUUUUACUAUGCAACCGUCUCUCA